AACAUGGCUGACUGUCAAUGUAAACAAAUUACAUUUGCGGCGUAAUUUUUCUUGUUUUAUGUAGAUUUACGUAACAUUUAAUGUUAAUUAAGUAUAAAAUAUAACAGAUAGCCAUGGUGAAACAAACUAUUCAAAUUUUUGCGCGAGUAAAGCCUACCAAAUCAAAAGCCGCGCUGUAUCACAUUGAUGAGGAUGGUGAAGGAAGUCCUCGUCUUACAUUUAACAUCCCUAGAGACAUUGCUGAAGGUUUUAUCAACAAUAAAAAGGAAAACUUCAAAUUCAGAUUCCAGAAAGUAUUUGAUCAGAAUGCACAGCAAGAUGAAAUAUUUGACAAUGUUGCUAAACCUGUUAUUGAUAAUGUGCUGCAAGGCUACAAUGGGACUAUAUUUGCCUAUGGACAGACGGGAAGUGGCAAGACAUUUACCAUCACAGGUGGGGCAGAAAGAUACAUUGACAGGGGUAUCAUACCGAGGAUGCUGUCCUACAUCUUUGAAUAUUUUGAACAGAACUCGGAGCGCAGUUUUACGGCCCAUAUUUCCUACCUGGAGAUCUACAAUGACAACGGCUAUGACUUACUGGACCCAAAACAUGAAGCUGCUAAAUUGGAGGAUUUGCCGAAGGUGUCCCUUAUGGAGGACUCAGACCAGAACAUCCACCUGAAGAACCUGUCUGUUCACCAGGCGGCCAAUGAGGAGGAGGCGCUCAACCUGCUCUUCCUUGGCGACACCAACAGGAUGAUAGCCGAGACCCCCAUGAAUCAAGCCUCUACAAGAUCUCACUGUAUCUUCACAGUGCACCUCACAUCGAGGGAACACGGUUCUGCAACCAUACGCCGAUCAAAACUGCAUCUUGUGGACCUGGCAGGGUCUGAGAGGGUGUCCAAGACCGGUGUGAAUGGCUUGCUACUGACGGAGGCCAAGUACAUCAAUCUGUCCCUGCACUACCUUGAACAGGUGAUAACCUCCCUUGCUGACAAGAACCGCCAGCACAUCCCUUACCGUAAUUCCAUGAUGACCUCUGUGUUACGUGACAGUCUAGGGGGCAACUGCAUGACCACCAUGAUAGCCACAUGUGCCAUAGAUAAGAGGAAUAUUGAGGAGUCCAUAUCAACAUGUCGGUUCGCGCAGCGUGUGGCUAUGAUCAAGAACGAUGUGCAACUCAAUGAAGAGAUGGACCCCAAACUUCUCAUCCAGAAGUUGAAGGCCGAGAUUCAGCAACUGAAGGAGGAGCUCGCCAUGGCAACCGGGGAGCAACGCACCGAUGAGCUCACUGAGGAAGACUUGCAGAGAUGUGAGGCAGCAGUGAAGGCAUACCUGGCAGAUACAGACCCAGAGGCCAUCAUCAGUGUUGGGGGAGACAUGAGGAAAAUACACACCUGCUUUAGCAUCAUGAAGAAACGGGUGUUGGAGAGACCGGCAAGUUCCCCCCGGAAGGCCCCCACCCCUGCCCCUGUGAUACCAGACCAGCCUGCCCCUGAUAUCGGCCCCUACAGUGAUACAGAGAACAGCAGGCUCAAACAGCUUGUGAUACAGAGAGAUAAUGAAAUCAAUAUUCUUGUGAACAUGUUGAAGAAGGAGAAGAAAAGAGUAAAGGACGCCUCCCGACAGCUUGAGAAACUGGGUCAGAGGCCCCCGUCCAGUGCUAGAGGGGAGGGGUAUAGUGAAAGUUUCUCCACAACUCCAGAUACUAAACAGAAUGGUCACUCCUCACUCAGUUCAACUGUUGGGUCGAGGGCAAACACAGGGAACUCCGACGACUGGCGACGCCCACCAUCAGGGGCGGGGAUUAGUCAAGAGAAACAGAGGCAGAGAAGGGAGCAUGAUGCAGUAGUGAAGAAAAAGAUCUUGGGGGACAUGUCGGUGGGGCGCCAAGAGGCGUUUGAGCUGUUCCGUCGCGACUAUGAGCACAACGACUCUAUAGAGGAGAACAAGCAGGUGCUCAAACAGCGCUAUGCUGAGGCCAAGACGCUUGGGGAGAAGGUCAACAAGGUCAGACACAACAUCAAUCAUUUGAAGAGUCAGAUUGAACAUCACAGAAUGGCCAUUGCCAUGAAAGGAUUGUCGGAGUCCCAGACUCUGGAACCGGACGAGGAGGAAGUGAAGCUGAGACAUCAGAUGGAGGCUGAGAAAAACAGCUACAAGGAGACGUUCAAUCGCCUGCGUGUCCUCAAGACGGAGAUCGAGCACCUACAGCACCUGCUGGAGAAGGCCAAGGUGAAACUCAUGAAAGACUUUGAACUCUGGUGGGCUGAGCAGGUCGCACUCUCACAGCAGGAAAAUCAGGUGCCAGGCAGUGGCAGCACAGGCACAGUCCUCAACGCCUGGCAGACCCCACCAACAACUAUGUCCAAGGGCCACUCCCCCUCCCCGGCGUCUGACCUCUCCGUCCCUAGUGGUGGUGGCAAACUAGGUCGUGUGAGGGGUAGUGUGGCAGGAAGCAUCGCGACACAGCUUCGGGCGUCCAAUAGUGCUGAUGGCAGGUUACAUGAUGACACGCCUCCUCAGAGGUCUUCUGUCAGUAACACAUCUACAAGACCCACUCCGAGCCCACAAGGCAUCAGGUUAACAGGGGAUCCACAAGCAGACGCAGACAUCAUGGCCUUUGUGAAGGCAAGGCAAAAUAUCAUUCAGCAAGUUCAAAAGAGGUGACAGUAGAUCCAGAGUACCUGAGCUCUACAGCAAGAGCAACAGCAAAAUGUCAACAGAAGGACUGACUGACUAUAAUCUCUAAUUCUAAGGAAGCUGCUACAAGGACAGUGUUGAAGAUUUCAUAAACCACGGUCCGGUAUUCUUCAGUGUAUCUGUGACAAAAAAGCCUGCUAGUUUGUUACUGAGAUAAAAGUGAUAUAAGGAUGGUUUUAAUUUGUCAUGAUCAAUUUGCCACCUUUUUAAUUGAAAGACAUAAUUCAUCUGCUUCGUUUUGAGGCAUGUUAGACAGGCUUUCUUCAAAUCCAAAGGAGUAGAUUGGUAUAUUUAUGCAAAGAGUGGACACAUGUGAUAAAGAUAAGUCAACCCUUUGCAUGCUGGGAAAUUUGUCGUCUGCUAAGAUGUCGUCUGCAGAAUUUCUAAAAUUUGCAUUUUCUUCUAUUUUUUUCAAAGAAUUCUAUCAGAAUAGCAAACAGUUUGGAUCCGGAUGAGAUGCCACGUUCUGUGGCCUCUCAUCUGGAUCCAAACUGUUUGCAAAGGCCUUUAAAAUUCGUUUCCUGCACUGAAAGGGUCAAACAAUGGUAACAAUUUAAUAGCCCUGUUAUCAGUCUCUCAGUGGAACCAAUAUGGCUUGAAACUGAUCUCUUAUUUAUUCCUUUAUUCAAUAACAUUUAAUAAAUAUAAAAAACUAAUAUAUAUUUAAGAAUUUUUGUUUUAAAAAAGCAUGUGUUUUAUGGGAUCAAAAGCUGCUUUACCGUAUAUGAAGUUUUAGGAACUAAUACUGAAAAUGCCUUUUAUUGCAAUGUUGACUGUAGGAUGUGUUGUGUACAAUUUAUUUUGAACCCCCAACACCCACCCCAGAUAUAGUAUAUGGGGCCAUAAAUCAUUUGUAGUCUUUGACAAAAUGUUGAACCAAUCUAGAAAUAUUAACUUUAAAAAAACAUUAAUGUUAUAUUUUGUUCAAAUAGAUAUUGUUCUUACUUAUGUCAAUUUACUUCAGUAUACAUGUAUUUAAAAAGAUCAAGAUAAUUUUAUGUAUGCCUUAAUGUUUACACUAUAGCUGUCAUUAUAAAUACAUGCAUACAAUAAAAUGGUAUGCUCAUUAAAUAUACAAAAAUAUUAUUUGUAUUGUCAUGUUUGCAUUCAUGUACAAAGAGUGCAUAUAUAGUGUUGUUGUUUUUUGUAGUAUUAGCAUAUGAUGCACUUAUAUUACAAACAUUUACAACUUGUUAUUGCGUGAUUCUAUUUAUUGUUGUCUUUUGCUGUCUUUCCGUUUUUUUCAUUUCUGUUCCUUUUCCGCACUUAGAAAUUACUCAAACAUGUUUUAACACAAAUGUUAAUGAAAAUAAAUAUGCCUCUGUUUGAAGAACCAAGGAUAUAUAGCUUUGCACUUGUUGGUAGGUCAGUAUGUUGGAUUGUCAUUUUGUUGACAAUUUCUUUUCCACAUGAUAUCUAGGGUACGCUUUGACCUACAAUCAUGCACAUUGUUAUGAUGGUAACAAAGAACAGGCAUAUUGUUUUUUAGGUCAACUGUUCACAGGUCUAAGUUUCCGAGUCUUGUAGCAUGGAAUUAAGUUUGUACAGUAGUCAACUUUCAAAUUGUACAUUGGAGACUGUAUACCCUCAUUAUUUGACAUAGUAUGUUACUGCAUGGGGUACAUGCCUUCAGCCAUGUAAUCCUCUUAUGAUGUUUGCCUAAAAACCUGUAAUUAGUCAUAAAUUGAUUGUUUUUGCUUGCUGAUGGAUAGCUGCGGUGUAUUUAAACCAUUUACAAUUAAUUCAAGUUGGAGGACGGGGGGGGGGGGGGGGGGGGAUAAGUGUUUUACAAGUAUCUCUGUUUAUUAUAGUACUAACUUGUGCUUAGCAUGCUUUAUAUAUGAGUUGAAAUCUGGGAAAACAUGGCUUAAUGCAUGUGUGUACAACACUGUCACUUUUAUGAAUUAUUUGUGUACAGAAAUUAUCUUCUUUACCCUUUCAGUGCGGGAACUGAAUUUUGAAGGCCUUUGCAAACCGUUUGGAUCCAGAUGAGAAGCCACAAAACGUGGCGUCUCAUCAGGAUCCAGCCUGUUUGCUAUUCUGAUAGUAUUCUUUGAAAAAAAUCGAAGAAAAUGCUUAUUAUAGAAAUUCAGCAGACGACAUUUUAGCAGACGACAAAUUUCCCAGCAUGCAAAGAGUUAAGGAAAAUCCAGUCUAGGCGGAAAGUUACUAUCUCUCCAGGUAGGCUCAUGAGGAUUGCGCUGGCUUAUUUCGGAGGAUACUUUACGGACAUGCAUUCAGCCUGGUUUUCAAAGAGUUUUUAUUUACAUCUGCAUGCUGCAUUCUGCUAAGUUAUCAAAGUCUCAUUUAUUUGGUUAAUUAACUGUCCAUAAAUACUGCUGUUAUUAUAUAUUUUUAACCGUGUACCAGUACCGUUGCCUCUAACACUGUAGUUUUAUGUAAAAAAACAUGGGUGUAAAGAGUCAUUGAAAGUUUGAAUUUUAUGAACUGCUGAUAUUUAAAGGUAUUAAUUAUCAGUAUUUUUAAGAAGUGCCUCAUUAAUUUAUAUACAAAUCUAAAUCUUGCGGAUUUGCUUUUUCCAGAUUUGUUAACAUUACAAAGGGCAUUGCAAAGGGGUUCAUGAGGGGUGCAUAAAUUAAAUACAAUUUUACUCCCCCACACACACUCACUCUACGCAUAGAUGUGUAUUCUUAAAAAAAAAGCACUUUAAUUUUCAAUACAAAAGUAAAUAGCCUCCAUAUUGGUUUGUACUUUAGGUGAGCGCUUUUGGACAUAAUUUCCCUUUUGUUAAAAUAAGUUAUUUGUACAAAUGCAUUUCAGAUUGUUGUUGUCCAUAAGAGUCAAGCAGAGCUUUUAUUAACAAUUACAUUUGAUGGAAGUUUUAACUUCCUGGUUGCAGAUUUUUGAUGGUUUGACAGUAGCAAAGAAGUCAUAAGAAUUUCUGGAAUGCAUUUAUAAAUGAAUUAUAAAAAUCAUUAGAAUAUUUUCAACUACGGAUAAGUUAUCAAAUAUUUUUUCUAUCUAACGAUAUUUUAUUUCUCAGAUUUCCACGUGAUAAAGUAGCUCCAAAUAAAUAUUAAUAUAGAGCUAUUGAACUUAUUUGUAUUCAUGAAAUUAUCUUUGUAAUCAUGGUGCUUUAAAUAUCUGUACUGUUGAAACAACAGAUGGUUUUAAAAGGAAAUAAACUCAUCAUUACUGUACAUAAAUAUUUUCGAUAUGUAAAUGAAGAAACCUAUGUGAUAUUAGAAACUGCUGUCCGUCUCAUUGUUGAUGGUGUCAUUGUUAAUGAUAUAUUUUUGCAUUGAUAUAAAUUUUUAUGAUAUGUUGUACUUACAAUAUAUAUUUUGCACAAUACUGUAUACUUAUUUAUUGCUUAUCUGGCUAAUAAAGUGACUUGUACCAAA